ACAGAUCUGCCAGGAAAAGAUGGAGCAGAUUAUCUUGCUGUGUGCGCUCUCAGCCUGUCUCUCAGCUGUGAAUGCUCAGAAGUUUUUACUCAGUCCCAGAUGGGUUCCUGUUGGCUUACAAGAGCCUGCAGGAAAAAAAGAUGGAACUGCAAUGGAUAAAAUCAUAAAAACCAAUGACCUUUAUGCUUCCAGUGUCAUAGAGGGCUCCAGCACCCUCAGAGAGGGAGACAUUGCUGUAUCCACUGGAAGGCGCUCCAAGAUCUGCUUUGCCCGUAGCUGCCUGUGGUCCAAAUCUGUGGAUGGACAUGUCUACAUUGCCUAUACGCUCUCAAAUGAGUACUCCGCCCUUGACACAAAGCUGAUAAAGGAGGGAAUGGACAAUAUAGAGGAUAGUACCUGCAUCCGCUUUGUUCCUCGGACUCACCAGAGAGAUUACAUUGACAUCCAGCCAAAGUCUGGGUGUUGGUCCUACCUUGGUUCUCGUGGUGGAAAACAGACCCUGUCUCUCCAGAAUCCGAAUUGUAUGGAGAUCGGAGUGAUUUCCCAUGAACUAAUGCACGCUCUAGGCUUUGUGCAUGAGCAGUCCCGCUUUGAUCGGGACAACUAUGUCACCAUCAUGUGGCCGAACAUUUGGAGAGAUCGGCUGCGAAACUUUGAGAAGUUUAAAACCGACAGUCUGGACCUGCCAUAUGACUACAGCUCAAUCAUGCACUUUGGGAUGUAUGCCUAUUCAAUGGGCGGGCAACCAACCAUCGUCCCAAAGAACGGAAGAAACGUUAAGCUCGGCCAAACAUCGUCUCUCAGUCACAUCGACAAGCUGAAAAUCAACAGACUCUAUGAAUGCGCUGUGACUGAUGAUUAGCACCUGAACCGAGUCGAGGUGGAGUCCUCUGAAAGCAGAAAUGAUGACUUGCUGCUGAUGUCCCUGCAGAAAAUUCUUACUAAAAUCUCCCUAUAAAGCUUCCUGUGUUUUUUGUGUAUCCGAACUGUUUGUUUAAACGAGAUGUGCGACUUUAUGUUGGAUGGGCCAUGAGACAGAAUUGGCGUAAACCUUUCCUGUUGUACAGAAAAAAAGAUAAGUUGAAACUUUCUGCCUGUUUUUAAGUAGUACUUACUGCAAUAAAGUUGUUAAUGAAUC